CUUAUCCCGCCCCUUCCUCCUCGGCUCGGGUCCUCUCUGCUCCUGAAUGCUGAUGUGUUACUAACUUCACCUAACUUCUCCGAAAACAUGUUCAGUUUGGGCUCUAAGUUCCUGCUGGUUUUCCUCCUGGCCUUCCCCUGCGGUUUAAUAUCCAUAGGCCACGUCUCUGCGGACUCCGACUCUGCUGAAGACACUGACCCAGAUGUUGCAGUGGAUGAAGAAGAAGAUGAUGAAGAAGUGCUCGUUGAGGAAGAUCAAAUGCAAACCUCGGAGGGAGAUGAAGAUGAUGACUCGGAAGCUACUGAUAAAACAUUAACAUCUCACACCGAUGCCGACACGACCAUCAUCUUUAUGACAGGGGAAGAGUUUCCUGCUAAUGAAAUCGUGAGGUUCCUGGUGGGUUUUACUAACAAGGGAAGUCAGGAUUUCACUGUUCAGUCACUGGAGGCCUCCUUCCGUUACCCCCAAGACUUCCAGUUCUACAUUCAGAAUUUCACAGCUUUGCCCCUGAACACUGUGGUGCAGCCCCAGGCCCAGGCCUCCUUUGAGUACUCCUUCAUCCCAGCUCAGCUCAUGGCUGGACGUCCAUUCGGUCUGGUUAUUCUGCUCAACUAUCUUGACACUGAGGGCAACAGCUUCCAGACAGCCAUUUACAACCAGACUGUCACUAUCACUGAGAAAGAAGAGGGACUGGAUGGAGAGACGAUGUUCAUGUAUGUGUUCCUGGCUGGGCUGGUGGUCCUGAUGCUGUUCGGGGUGUACCAGGUCCUGGAGUCCAGAACGAAAAAGAGGCUCCCUGUGAAAAUAGAGAAAGGCACUGGUGGUAUAAGUGAUGUGGACAUCAGCUGGAUCCCUCAGGAGACUCUCAAUGCCAUGAACAAGGCAUCGCCUAAAACAUCUCCCCGGAAACGAACCAAGAGGGCAGCUGGAACAGAUCAAUAAACCUGUCCAUUUCAAUCCAUCAUCAUACAGUCCGUCAGGCUUUCAAAGCUCGACUCAUAUCCACUGUAAGCUGAUUACCAUUUUUACAAUGGAGCAGCAUUUGUGGAAUCCAAUUUCCAGCCCUAGUAAAGUAUUUAAGAUGUUUGUGAGGAUCUCAACUUGAGAGCAUCCUGGACUCUACUGGUCUGAUCUGGACAUGACCAUCAUGACACUACAGAGCUGAACUACAGCUCACUUUUUAAAGGGAUUCUUUUUUUUAAUCGGUACGUUUGUGUGAAAGUUGACCAAGGACCAAUAGUAACCUCAUCUCUGCUCAUGUGAGUGCUGUGAAGUCAUAAUAAACGCAUUAGCAGUAAGUGUCGCUUUAAGGGAAGAUAUACUGUAUAAUGUGCAUUAAUAGGAUAAAAUAGAUUUAAUGACUUCAGAACAUUCAUAUUUUAUUUUUUGAAUGAGAUGAAUCUCCUUGUCUUUCCUGUAAACACCACUGUGGGUUAUGCAUUUGCAGCGCCCAGCAAAACCUUCAACAAAAUUAGACACAAUUAAAAAGUUUUGGGUUUCAGCUCCAGUUUGAUGGUAUAUUUUCAUUACAGUGGGGCGAUGGCAGCUGCAGCGACAUCAAACUUUAAAACAGUGUUCUCUGGAGCUUUGACAAAACCUGUUUUCUCAGCUUACUAUUGUAACAAGCAUCAGAGCAUUUUAGACUCUGUACUGGGUGUAUGUGGUGCAGUCUAGCAGGUUGUAUGCCUUCAUUUGUAAUAAAGAUGAAAUACAAGGGUG